GUCUCCACCUUGAUUGACUUCUUCCUUGGUUAUGCGCCAAACACGUCAGCCAUCCACGGCGUCUGAAGUGGAAACGGGUGGUUUGUCGGCCAAGAAGCUUUCUCAUAGAAGAAACAUUUUUUUUGACCCACGAAAACGAAGCGGCGUUCUAUAUUGUCCGUGUUAAAAUGAAGAGACGGAUACACUUUGGUUUCCUAUUGGUUUAUGUGCUAGUAUGCUAUUUCUGUUUGUGCUCGGCAUUUUAUCUUCCGGGUUUAGCACCAGUGAGUUUUUGUGAAGCAGGUAAAGGAGGUGAAGAAUGCCAGACAGAAAUUCAGCUUUUUGUGAACCGCUUGGACACAGUGGAGUCAGUGCUGCCUUAUGAGUAUGACGUGUUUGACUUUUGCAAAGAUGCAAAGAUGAGGCCAUCUGAGAACCUUGGGCAAGUGCUGUUUGGUGAACGAAUCGAGUCAUCACCAUACAAGUUCACUUUCAAAAAAGACCAGAAAUGCCAAAUAGUGUGCACUAAAUCAUACAAGAAAGAUAACCGUGACGAUGUAACAAAAUUGGAUUUCCUCAAGAUGGGAAUGCAGCUUAACUAUCAGCAUCACUGGAUCAUUGACAACAUGCCAGUGACAUGGUGCUAUGAUGUGGAGGAUGGUCAAAAGUAUUGCAACCCAGGCUUCCCUAUUGGCUGUCUCGUUACCUCAGAUGGCAGAGCUAAAGAUGCUUGUGUCAUCAAUGCCGAGUUCAACAAGAAGAACACAUUUUACGUCUUCAACCAUGUGGACAUCAGGAUCACUUACCACAGCGGAGAAUUAGAAGGAUGGACCGGGGCUCGGCUAGUCAGUGCCACUCUGGAGCCUAAGAGCAUCAAACAUGUGGAUGAGGCGCAUCCAACUUGUGAUGGAGGCACCCCAGUGGAGAUUCCUGUUGAAUUUGAGAAUGAUGAAAUAACUUACUCUUACUCUGUGACUUUUGAGGAAAAUAAUAAAAUCAAGUGGGCCUCCAGGUGGGAUUACAUCUUGGUGUCCAUGCCUCACACCAAUAUCCAGUGGUUUAGCAUCAUGAACUCCUUGGUCAUUGUUCUCUUCCUAUCUGGGAUGGUUGCCAUGAUCAUGCUGAGAACCCUGCACAAGGAUAUUGCACGAUACAACCAAGUAGACCAGGCAGACUUGAUAAAGCUUCCAUCAUCCCAGGGAAAAACCACUCUACCAUAUGAGGAUGCGCAGGAGGAUCGGGGUGGGAAGCAGGUGCAUGGAGAUGUAUUCCGUCCACCCAGGAAAGGCAUGCUACUGUCUGUGUUCCUUGGUCAGGGCACCCAGAUCUUCAUCAUGACCUUCAUCACGCUGUUCUUGGCCUGUCUGGGCUUCUUGUCGCCAGCCAACAGAGGUGCUCUUAUGACGUGUGCUGUGGUCCUCUGGGUGCUGCUGGGCACCCCUGCUGGCUAUGUAUCUGCACGACUCUAUAAAACAUUCGGAGGUGAGAAGUGGAAGACAAACGUCUUGUUGACGGCACUCUUGUGCCCAGGCAUUGUGUUUGCAGACUUCUUCAUGAUGAACCUGAUCCUCUGGGUGGAGGGUUCCUCUGCAGCAAUCCCCUUUGGCACUCUAGUUGCUAUUUUAGCCCUGUGGUUUGGAAUUUCUGUGCCCCUCACUUUCAUUGGAGCCUACUUUGGAUUCAAGAAACCUGCUAUUGAGCAACCAGUGCGAACAAAACCAAAUCCAUCGUCAGAUCCCAGAGCAGUACAUAUCGUUACAAAGCCUAUACCUGGUAUCGUUAUGGGUGGAAUUCCUCCUUUUGGUUGCAUUUUUCAUCCGAGCGCUUCUUUAAUCCUCAACAGCAUUUGGUCGCACCAGAUGUACUACAUGUUUGGUUUUCUGUUCCUGGUUUUCAUUAUUCUACUCAUCACUUGCUCCGAGGCCACAAUUCUGCUCUGCUACUUCCACCUGUGUGCUGAGGAUUAUCACUGGUGGUGGCGCUCUUUCCUGACCAGUGGAUUCACAGCAGUGUAUCUAUUUAUCUAUGCUGUGCAUUACUUCUUUUCCAAGCUGCAAAUAAUUGGAGCAGCCAGCACCUUCCUCUAUUUUGGAUACACAAUGAUUAUGGUCCUCAUCUUCUUCCUUUUCACAGGUACAAUUGGUUUCUUUGCCUGCUUCUGGUUUGUAAAUAAGAUCUACAGCGUGGUAAAGGUGGACUAAGGACCAAUGAUCCUGAGUGCUGUCACGGUACUGGCCUCCUCAGUGGUGACAGUGUGAAAAGUGGUCUGAUUGGACUUGAACUGAAACUACAAGUUAUCACAGUGCAUAAGAGCAGAGCCCGUCCUCUUUGUGCUUUAAACCUCUGUUGCUCUUAUUUUCUUCUUUCCAGAUACUGGGGUUUUUGCUUUUUCCACUCUUGACAGAUAAUAUUUUGAGUGGUGCGUGAAGCAUUAUGGGUUACAAUAAUUUAGUGGGGUUAACAGAAGUUCAAAUUAUAUUUUAAUUUUUAAUUAAAGUAAAAUGUUUUGCAUUUUCCACUUCUAUUCUCGUAUGCAUAAAUAUUUUGUUUUUUCAUUGCUGUUCUGUAAUGGAGUCUGUGUGUACAUAUACUGUAUAGAGAUUGUGUGCUACUUAAUGAUUGUCAACAUUUUGGAACCUUUCUCUUGUUUCUUCUCCUCCAGGUAAAGGAGUUUGAAAUUAAAUGUAAAUGGCCUAUAAUGUAGUUGAAGUAUUGCUAUGGUACAUAUCCAUUUGCUCCAAUUUGAUAGUCACAUUUAAGUUGUGUAGAAAAAAAUGUACUUUUGGUUAUGAAGCAUAUUUGUAUUAUAUGCUACAGGAAUGUUGUACAUUUUAAGGCCACUUCUUAAUGGCGUCACUCGUUUGACCAUACAGAGGAUUGUCACUUAAUCAUAAUGCAGACACUUGAUUUUCUUGAAAUACAGAGAUGCACCCUUUUAAAUUUUACUAAGUGGUUUGCUGAGGCUGUAACUACACAAAACACUGCUGCCUUUGCUUCAGCAGUGUGGAGUCAUCACCCAAGGUGAUAACAGUUAUACAAAUAAAUGCAGUUAAAUUGGAAAUG